CGCCCAUUAAGUUGUUAGAGCUUUAGCCCCGCCCCAACCCCCUGACAAUCAGCUGGAAGCGCUGCACGUCACGAGGCAGGGGCCUGCCCCGCCCAUGUUGUUCUCGCGAGAGUUGAGUAUCGGGGCGCCCGCGCUGCUGUACGUUGCUGGCGGAGGAGAGCGGGGCCGGGACUCAGAGGAAACGGAAAGUCGACACGGUAAAGUAAUGGGAGACGAUCGUCCUUUCGUGUGCAGCGCUCUUGGCUGCGGACAGCGUUUCACAAAUGAAGAUCAUUUGGCCGUACACAAACAUAAGCAUGAGAUGACUCUGAAGUUUGGGCCUGCGAGGACUGACUCUGUGAUUAUUCAAGAUCAGACUCCCACACCCACACGGUUUCUGAAGAAUUGUGAGGAAGUUGGUCUAUUCAAUGAGUUAGCCAGUUCCUUUGAGCAUGAGUUCAAGAAAGGCACUGAAGAAGAAGAUGACAAAAAGAGUGCUGGGCCACUGGAUAUGUCUCUACCUUCAACACCUGAUAUUAAAAUAAAAGAGGAAGAACCAGUAGAAGUGGACUCCUCCCCUCCAGACAGUCCCAAUUCAUUCGAUGAGGAAAAGGUUCCACCGAAGCCGCAGGUCAGCUCAACACCCACUCCAACAAUAGUACGGCCUGGUUCACUACCCCUCCAUAUGGGAUACGAUCCUUUACACCCUACAUUGCCUUCACCUACAUCUGUCAUCACUCAGGCCCCUCCGUCCAACAGACAGCUAGGUUCCCCAGGCAGCUCGGUUUCUCUUAUGAUGCACUUAGGCAAUGGCCACACUGUUCCUUUCCUUCCAGGUCCUCAUGUACAGAUGCCAUCAGUUAUAUCGUUGGCAAGACCUAUGAACAUGGUGCCCAAUAUUCCAGGGAUUCCUGGGCCCCCAGUUAUCGGCGGUGGAGGACAUAUUUCUCCUUCUGGUCUUUCAGCUCAUACAGAAGCUAAAUUGAGACUUAAAGCCUCCCUUACUCAACAAGUUCCAUCCUCGCUGAAUGGAGGAAUGGCUAUGGUAGCAUCACGACCAGAACAGAGCCAGAUAUUGGUUCAACACCCAGAUGCACCUUCACCUGCGCAGCCUCAGGUAUCUCCCGCUCAACCUACCCCAAGCACUGGAGGUAGACGACGGAGAGCAACUGAUGAGGAUCCAGACGAGCGUCGCCAGCGAUUCCUUGAGAGAAACAGAGCUGCUGCCUCGCGUUGUCGUCAGAAGCGUAAGGUUUGGGUUUCAUCUCUGGAGAAAAAGGCAGAGGAACUGACCACUCAUAAUGUGCAGCUUAGCAAUGAGGUUACUCUUCUGAGGAAUGAAGUCGCACAGUUAAAGCAGUUGCUGCUGGCGCACAAAGACUGUCCUGUAACUGCCCUGCAAAAGAAAAACCAGGUCUAUCUAGAAAACCUCAAAGACAGCUGUGAUACCAGGGGCUCUCCAGUCCCAGCCUCCCAGCACAGUUCGUUGUCCUCUGCCUCCCCCAAUGGGCUACGCUCACCAGCCGAACACAUGGCCACUUCAGUGCUCACGCAGAUGGCUAGCCAAAGGACAGACGGCCAUAGUCAGCUUCUACAGUCACAUGUCAUCAUGUCACCACAGUCUCAAGCAGCCAGCAGAUGAUGCAUCUACUCCAAUAAACCUAGAACUAACCAA